AUGAGAUGUCUGGGUUUGGGCCACAACUUUCCCGUACUAUCGCCAGAAACGAUACAACAAUUAUGUCAUCAAAACAUCAAAUACUUUGUCAAUGGAUUUGAUUUUGUGUUAGCAGUAAAUCACACAAAUAUGGUCUACGGUUGGGGAAGCAAUGACCAGGGUCAAUUGGCUCAACAAUAUAAAAUCGACAAAUUACGACCAGAGAUUAUAUCAUAUUUGAACGACAAAAAUAUUAUUCAAAUCAGUUGUGGUUUUCAUCACACUCUGGCCCUAACCAGUGAUGGCCGGGUGUAUGCCUGGGGUCGCAAUGAUUUCGGACAAAUUGGUUGUGGAAAUAAUAAUGAUAUGAUUUGUACGCCAAUUGAACUGCUAUUUGGAGAUUUUAAAAUACAGUCCGUUUAUUGUUUUUAUAACUCUUCGUUUGCCAUCACAUCCGACGGACAUGUCUUCAGUUGGGGUCAGAAUAAAAACCAUAAAUUGGGACUAAAUAUAACCGAUGAUAAACUUUUGAACCCCCGACUGAUAUCAACCAUAAGUGGUGUGAAAGCACUGAAUUGCAACGUUAUGUCAAUCGAUGGCAAUAAUGCGAGUGGCAGUCAAUUAUCACAAACGAUGGCCAGUCUUGACAGUAGUCUCAGCGCAAUGGAUAUAAGUGAUGAUGAGGACCAGGAGUUUCAUAACAACCAUUACAUCGAUACUUUUGAUCAACUCGAAGAGAUAGGGAGGGGAGGGUUCGGCACAGUGUUUAAAGUGAAACAUAAAAUAGACAAAAUGUUUUACGCUAUUAAAAAGGUCACUUAUACCGAAAUAAGUGAUGACCACAAACACAAACACCGGGUGCUUAAAGAGGUGAAAAGUUUGGUAACAGUGCGCUCAGAAUAUGUGGUACAGUAUUACUCCUCAUGGCUCGACAACAAUACCAAACAACUGUACAUUCAGAUGGAGUAUUGCUCGCAAAGUCUGCGCACAGUAUUGGAGACUAAAGGGCCGGCAUUUGGCAGACAAUCGCCGGCCGAACCCAUGAAUAUUCACGAGUAUUACAUAUCGGGUGAAAUAUUCAAUGAGCUCUUAGAGGGCGUCCAGUUUUUGCAUGAAUUAAAACCUCAGAUAAUACAUCGCGAUCUAAAACCCGACAAUGUGUUGAUUGUGAAUGGAUUUAGUGGUCAUAACAAUAGCCGGCGAUUCAUAAAAUUGGGUGACUUUGGUUUGGCCACUGUUCACGACCCGAGCCGACCCACUGCUAGCCGUUACAAACACACGCCUAUCGGCACACUUGGAUUCGUUGCGCCCGAAUCUCGGAGUAAUUGGACAAAGCAUAAGGAUGACAUCGAUAUACACGCGUUUAAAAUGGCAGCGAAUUGGAAACAAAGGCCUGAGUGUCGGGAAGUGUUGGCCAAACAUAACAAGUGGUCUAUCGAUAAGACUGUUGUCGCGAAACAAAACAAUUUCAAUGAAAGGUCUGCGCUGGAACUGCUCGGCUAUAGUCCGCAAUACAAUUGGCUCAUAUUGAAUAUGAAAUUCGCCGAUUCGACCAUGAUCGUUGUCCGCAUAUGUAUCAUACAUUUUACCCAUCAAUUUGUGUCCGAUGUUUACCCUAAACUACCGAGUUUAUUACAGAGCCUUCACAAUUACAUGAGUGUUAGCAAUCUGUACGUUGAGUCAUUUACCACGGUACUAUUGGCCUGGCACCGGUACCUAUCAUUCAAACAUGGUUACGAGUUUAAAAAUUGGAUCAACAAAGUGCCCACGCCUAUUUUAUUAUUAACUCUAUGGGCUAUAAGCCUAACACUAUCGGUACCGCAUUUGGCCAUUGAUUAC